AUGGCUGCGAAUUCUUCAAAACCAUCUCAGGAAGUGCCUCUCGAUACCCCAAAGCACAUUCAUACAGUGCCUAUUCCAAUACCUAUUACUUCAGACGAUGAAAAAUUCUGGCAUCUUCUUACAGGAGUAAUCUUAAUUUAGGGCAUCUCUGGUGCAGUCUCCCGUACAGCGACAUCCCCAUUAGAAAGAUUAAAAAUUCUAAGGCAGUGCUCUACUCCAGAGUACGAAGGCCUUAAUUUCUUUCGAGCUAUGAUAAAAUUUCAUAAGCUCGAAGGCUUUAGAGGCUAUUUUAAAGGAAAUGGGUCAAAUGUAUUAAAAAUCGUCCCAUUUUCAGCAUUGGAGUUUUAUACAUUCGAAAUGGCGAAAACUCAUAUUGUCCCUCAUGAUAAGCCACGUCACAAAGGCUGGCUUCUCUUCAGUGGCUCACUCUCUGGGAUAGUUGCUCAGAUCGCUACCUAUCCUUUAGAUCUCGUAAGGACAAUCUUAUCAAUAAAAACUGACCAAGGCCAUAAAAUUUUCCCUGAACUUAAAAAAGUUUACCAAAAUAAAGGGUUUACAGGCUUAUAUACAGGUUUAAAUAUGUCAUUAUUGGUAAAUUUCACAUAGGGAAUCGCUCCUUUUAUUGGUUUCAAAAUGGCAACUUUUGAUGUUCUUAAAGCCAGAUAUUUACCAGACCCUAAAAACAGCAAUUUUAUGAUAAUGAAUUUAAUAUUAGGAGGCCUGGCAGGAGGCAUUGCGAUGGUUUUGACGUAUCCGACUGAUUUAAUUAGAAGAAAAAUCCAAUUAUGUGUACAUUUUAUAUAGGCAUUUUUCCCUUCUAAAGAUAUUCCGUAUAGAACUAUUGCGCAAUGCUGCAGACAUAUAUGGAAUACUGAAGGAUAUUAUGGCUUUUAUAGAGGAAUGGUUCCUAGCUUUGUAAAAGUUAUCCCAUCCAUGGCGAUUGUAUUUGCUACGAAUGAGCAGCUUAAGCAUUGGAUGCACGUUAAGUAG